GGUUGGCUUAGGACCAUCACUACUGUGAACUUCCGCCUCUAGAUUUGCUAUCGGAGCAGCUGCGAUAAUUAUUUUUUUAUGAGAGCUUACCAUUUUCUCAUGAAAGAAAACACGGAUAUAUCCAAAUAAUAAACGUCAGCGAAUGAUACAAGUAAUCAUUGUUUGGAACGGUUAGAGAAUCUAGCUAAGAUGGAGUGCAAUUUGGGCAGCGAGAUUGGCCAGAAGAUGCGCAGUGCCGUCAAGGCGAAGCUGCUGGAGCUCGGGACAGGCGGGUCUUCCGGCUUUAUAGACGAUGAGCUGCCGGACUAUGUAAUGGUUAUGGUGGCCAACAAGCGAACGAAGCAGCAGAUGAACGCCGAACUGAAUCUAUUUCUGGGAGAUCAGACCGACCUUUUUGUGACAUGGCUGCACGAAGUGCUUCAAAAGCUGCAGGAGGUUACCCUACCUACUUCAAGUGCUUCCAGCAAGAAGAGAAAGUCCAAGGGUCAGGGGGAAGCUUCAAAACCGAAGGAGAAGGAUAAAAAGAGCUCCAAGAAGGAAAAGAGGCCAAAUCGGAAAUCUGGAGAUGAGUUGCAGGAGCCGCAGUCUAGUUCUGCUGAUGCCAUGCCCGUUAUCACCUCUAUAACAGACGUUUUCGCCGAAGAGUUGCUGGAAAAAGCCAAAAAGACUUUGGAUAUUGGCGAGAUGGUUCCAAAGAAGAAAAACCGCAAGUCUAUCGAGGAGGAGGAACCUUCAGCCCGCGAACCCGAUAUUCCUGCACCAUCCGAGAUCAGCUCAACCACAUCCGGACUGAACAGACAGAAAGACCUUGCCGAGUUAGCAGAGAUCCAGAAAAAGAUUCAUGCAGCCAAGAAACAUUUACGUCAAAUAGGCGAAAUUGAAGAUGAAAGUGAAGAGGAAGAUGAAGAUUUGUUGAACCUAAGUGCCCAGGAAGAGUCUGUGGAUCAGGAGCCAAUGGAGGAACCUUUACAAAAAGAGCUGCCGCCUCGGAAAGUAAAGAGCCCUAUUGUAUUUAAUAGGAAGGAAAAGACUCCAGAGAAGCCACCAGAGUCUGAGCCUGAGAUUGAUUCUCGACAAGAGGCCUUUACCCCAGAAGGUGACCAGCCUUCCAAGGAGGACCGCUCAGAACGGCGUUCAGUGCAUGAUCGUUUGGGAACGAAAGCCAUGGAGUCGCGCAGCUCGCAGCGUUCUCAAAAGGAGUUAUACGUGCCAGCCCAUCGGCGUCGCAGUGAGCCAGAAUCUAGCAGGGAUCGGAGCCAGCGGGAGCGGUCAAAGGAUCGGUCUCGAGACCGUUCAAAGGAUCGACGUGAUAACUCGAGGGAUACGAGUCGUAAGCGUCGCUCGCCGAGUCCAAAUGCAGCAAAACCCAAGCAACGCAUUGGCUCAAGGGUUAUUGUGGCCGUGCGCAAGCCCCCGGAACCUUCGGAUGAUGAGGAUAUCGCAGACAAGCCAGUAAAUUCUGUAAUUAAGAUCAAGCCCCGUCCGCAGGUGUCACCUCGUCGGCAGGCUUGCAAGAAUCUACUUCUGCGCGCCGUGGCUGAUGCUCAGCGUUCGACGAUUCUGGCCAAGACAUCUUCCCGUAAAGAGAGCGAGGAAACGGAGAAGAUAAGCUCCUCGCUUGGCAAACGCAAGUCUACCGGAAAGCCAGAACGUGAACGCGAAAGAGAUCGCAGUAAACGGACUGCGCCCAACAACGAGCUUUUCCGGCGGAGUACCCGCGAGCUAGUUGUGAAUGUGACUCAAAGGGACAGUAAAAGGCCCAGGCGCUCCAACGAGAGCCACGCCGAGAUCAAGGUGGUGCAGGAGGAGUACACGCCCAGUCCAAAUGCAGAGGAGUUCGAGAACUUUGUGCCUCAGUUAAUAGAGGACAUAGACCUUCACAUAAACACACAUGAUGAGUCGCUUAAGACCCAAUUCGUAGUUACCCUGAACGGAGACCAGCCAGGAGGCGGUAACAGCAAGCCAAGCAGUUCGAUCCGUAAGAGGCAAAGCGAUUCGCGGCGCCGCGAUACUUCCUCGCCAGUCUCUACACCACAAGUGAGCUCAUCCAGCACUGAACCCACAUCGACUACGACUGAAAGGCGGCACCGCUCGAAUCCUCGGGAGAGGAGCCGCUCCUCCAACAGUGCCUCGCCCUCGCUACAAUCAUCCCGCAACCUAAAUCGCAGCGAAGUCCUUCGACAGCCUCAAGAGAUCAAGAAGAUAAUCAUAAAGAAUGAUACUGAUGAGGAUGAUGAAAUGAACGGUUCGCCCAGAAAACGAGGGGCUAGCAAACGCCAGCAAAAAGGGGUCACUAAUCCGGCCAAUGGCCACAGAGACAAUAAGGCAAACGCACCCGACGAGGCACGCUCGACAACGCCUCCACUGCCAGCCAAAAUGAGGCCGGAGAAACGAGCCGCUAGCAAAGAUAGAUCCACAAACACAAGUUCGAAUCGCAGCCCUGGCGAGGAGCAAGUGGCUACUUCGUCCACCGCUGCGUCCACUUCUACCAAAAGCAAGCAUACUCCCAUACGAUUCACACUGAAGAACGAGGAAGAGCCGAGUUCCACCAAGAAGCGACGGCCCGACAGCAGGGAACGAGAUGCGGUCACUGUGGAAAAGCGAAGAAUACCCAUUCGCAACGCGGAGGAUAGGAAGUACGACAAUCUGCCGGCAUUAAGCGCCGUUAGCGUGGACUCUACUGUGCUGAAGGUCAACAAGCCCAAGGAGCGCUGCAAGUACCACCCCAACUGCACAAAGCAGUUCUGCGAGUACUAUCAUCCCUCGGCGCCAUGCAAAUCUUUUCCAAACUGCAAGUUUGCCGAUAAGUGCAUGUAUUCGCACCCCAAGUGCAAGUUUGAUAUGUCUUGUAUGAGCAUCGACUGCAACUAUGCCCACAGCGGACAAAGGGAUCUCAGUCAUGUCCAGCUUACGGCACCGCCUUUAUCCUCGCAUGUGAUACCGGUGCAGAAUUACAAGUCAAUCUCGGCGCCAGUUACCUCCACGACGGCGACAACGAUGUGCAAGUACUAUCCGAACUGCAGCAAGAUUGGAUGCACCUUCUACCACCCGAAGCCGUGUCGGUUCGGCAAGAACUGUGUGAACAAGCUGGAGUGCAUAUUCUACCAUCCGGAGAUGCAGAGCAAGUUCAAAUGGGUGGCAUCCAUGGGCUGAGCUAUCCCCAACACUAUCUAGCAAAUGUUUUACUGGCUACCUAGCUAACUUCUUGGAUAAUCCUAUUUCCACAUAAACUGAAUUACACAUACAUAUUUAAACUUGAUUUGCUUUUAUCCUAUUGCGUAUAUUUAAUAUCUCAUAUGUUAGUUAAUAGCAGCAGCUCUCUUUCACAAGUAUGCAAAACCAAACUAAUGUUUGUUCAUGAUUAUUUGUUUGUAUUCAAACCACUCAGAACCCGUCACGAAGAGUUUGACGAAUAAAUUUUAGCAAUAGUUGCUACCAAUUGGAAACUA